AUGAAAAUACAAUGCGCGAAGCGACAUGCUGAAAAAUUAGGCGCUUUCGAAACUUGCCGCGCUUCUACACUUUCCAGCGCAAUGAUUCGAUACCGUCUCUCUGGAUCUGCAGCCAUCUUUCCGCAAACAUUCUCCAUUUCAUUCAUAAUCUGCCCAAUGCAUUAUUGGUUGGCUAUCAAAGCCAUGGGCCCAACCGCGCGAUAUGAGCGUCACAGGACCUCCAUGACAGCAUCUGGCCAAUUCAACGACCUUAUCUACGCUGAAGGUCCCCAGAAUCCAACCUCUUUGCAUAUGAGGGGUAGUCAUAGAAACCUCCAACAAUGA